AGUCGGUUACGAUCGGUCGGAUCGGUCGGACGUGCUUUCUCUACAAAGGUCUCUUGAAGUUGGUGAGGUGAGAUCUCGUCUUUCUUUCUUUUUUGUGAAGUGUGAGAAGUGAAUGAAAGAACCACCUUUGAUAAGUGUGUGAAGUGGUAACAUUAACAUACCUGGGAGAGUGUGUGUGUGAAUUGUACAAGUUGAUAACAGCGAAGAAAGUUUACGUUUAACGGUUUUUCCCCCUGGACAGAUGACCUUUUGAAGCGCGAAGAAGAGUCCGGGAAUCGUUCUGUUUGUAAACAUCUGCUUUCGUAGGGAAAGACCAGAAUAAGUGGUGAUGAGUGGAAGCUGUUGAUGCUGCUGCUGCUACUAAUCAACAAGUGAAAUACGCGCCAAUUCAGAUUGUCAACUUAAUUAGCAUCCGCAAAAAUCAACUCCCGUGAAGAUGCUGAAGUACAAAUCGCUAGCGCUGCUAGCGGUAACGGCUUGCGCCGUCGGAGUCGCGUACGCCAUCCAGGUCCCGCAGGUCCAGGACCAGCUGAGUCUGGCCAGUACCGAUCGCCAGGAUGUGCUGCCGGCGUACCAGUCGUCGCCGAACGGGUUCACCGGCGCGUCGGAUCAACCGCGGGCGUACCGUCCGGACACGGCCUCGCUGGACUUUGUGUACCACAACCAUGACGACAUGACCCGGUACUUGAGGGCGACCACGGCGAGGUAUCCCAAUUUGACUGCGUUGUACUCGAUCGGCAAGUCCGUGCAGGGUCGUGACCUGUGGGUCAUGGUGGUGUCUUCGUCGCCCUAUGAACAUAUGCUCGGCAAGCCGGAUGUGAAGUACAUCGGGAAUAUUCAUGGAAACGAAGCGGUUGGUCGAGAGAUCCUGCUUCAUUUGAUUCAGUACCUGAUCACGAGCUACACCACCGAUCCGUACAUCAAGUGGCUGCUGGACAACACCCGGAUUCACAUUCUGCCGUCGCUCAAUCCGGACGGUUACGCAGCCUCGAAGGAGGGAACGUGCGACGGAGGUCAGGGUCGGUACAACUCGCGCGGGUUCGAUCUGAACCGCAACUUCCCGGACUACUUCAAGCAGAACAACAAGCGAUCGCAGCCGGAAACGGAAGCCGUCAAGGAGUGGAUCAACAAGAUUCAGUUCGUGCUGAGCGGGUCGCUGCACGGAGGUGCCCUGGUCGCGAGCUACCCGUACGAUAACACGCCCAAUGCCAAGAUCUGUCGAUCUUCGUCGACCUGUGCUGGACCCCUUCUGAGCUCAGUGUUCCACAGCUACGUGUCGCAACCGUCGCUGACGCCGGACGAUGACGUGUUCAAGCACCUGUCGCUGACGUACGCCAACAACCACGCCAAGAUGUCCCGCGGAGUGGCCUGCAAGUCCGCAUCGCCUUCGUUCGAGAACGGCAUCACCAACGGAGCCGCCUGGUACCCGUUGACCGGUGGAAUGCAGGACUUCAACUACGUCUGGCACGGCUGCCUGGAGGUGACACUCGAGGUGUCCUGCUGCAAGUUCCCGCCGGCGUACGAACUGCGCAAGUACUGGGACGACAACCAGCUGUCGCUGAUCAAGUUCCUGGCGGAGGCGCACCGCGGAGUUCAGGGCUUCGUGAUGGACCCGAACGGCAGUCCCAUCGAGAAGGCCCAGCUGAAGAUCAAGGGGCGUGACGUUGGCUUCGCCACGACCAAGUACGGCGAGUUCUGGCGGGUGCUGAUGCCCGGAGUGUACAAGCUGGAGGUGUUCGCCGACGGGUUCGUCCCGAGGGACGUCGACUUCAUGGUCGUCGAGCAACACCCGACGCUGCUGAACGUGACGAUGCAACCCUCGAAGCGCAACGACGGUCCCUACUACCGGCCCAUCCAGUCCUCCCAGUCGCAGUAUCGUCCCCAGCUGGCUGCCCCGGCAGCCCAAACCAGCCUCGGCGGCGGCGGUGGCGGCAGCAGUAGUUCCUCCUCUUCGUCUUCGUCGGACGAGGGCAUCCUAGCGACGCUCAGCAACGGCUUCAACAGCCUCGUGAACAACAUUUUCGGCUAGAACCCCAACUUGAUCUUGACAAACGAAAUAAAAAAAACACACAAUUUGAAGAAAUCUCAAACUUUUGAGCAGGCAGCAGCAGUAUUAGAACAAAGCAAAACCCUACUUCACAAAUGGACGAAUAUCUUCACAUCAUCCCGAUUUUUCUGGAAUGAUUUAUUCUGCAUUUUAGCGCAGCGCAGCGGUAGCGACGAUGACGAUGGUUGGAAAUUACAAAUUAAUUAAAAGAAAAUGUGUUCCAGUGAUACGACGAUAAUAACUGUUAGAAAACUGAUAAUAACUGACAAAAAUGAUACAACUUAGUACUCGUUGAAAAAAGGACAAAUUUAUUUAAAGAAAAAGCUGAUCUAUAAAAAGUUAAACAAAAUACUUAAAUCGAAAUAUUUACAUUCUAGAGUCGAAGAAAAGAAAUACAAAUGUCGUUCAAAUAUCACUAUUUCACCUUAACAACACUCGUAGAAAUUACUGUUGAAACUAUUUAAAUGUAAUCCGAUGAUAAAGACUUAUUUAUAAUAACGGUUAAAUAUCGUUAAAUAAAAACGAAAA